UCACAUGAGGAGUGUAUGCGGUUCUUUGCGACAUGCCGACUUCCAGUUUGCCAAAGAUGGCGGCGUCCGUGGAAACGCUGUGAAAUCCGACCGGCGGCGUUCGGGGUGUUGCGAGACAAUGCAGUAACAGCACAUGACAUUACUCGGCAGUGUAAGAUAACGCACUAGGUUAUAUUUUUCACUUUCGGGUUCGGGCAGCUCGACUGGAAAUAUCUGAAGAAUUGAACUGAACGCACUGAGUGAGUGAGUUGGGAAACUGGACGGCGCGGAUUCGAAAACUCUCUGGCGACUACAAUGUCAAUGAUCAACAUCAUCAUGGCAUGACAUGAUCAUGUGUAACUGCUCCAUUUCCGGUUUUCUCCUGUUUAAACUCACACGAGCUGUAAGUAGACGAGGUCAAUGAGAGACAGGGGCGGCGUUUGUCGUCGCUGCUGCUGCUGCUGGACUAUCCUUUUAUCCUCGUUCGCUGACUGAGCUCCGGGCCGCCGGCCACAAUCAUGGCCCUGCUGCUCUUUCGGGUCGCCCUGCCCCCCCUCGGGCGCGUCGCGCGCAGGACGCUGAGCCUCUUCUCGCACCCGAGUCCCUCCGACUGGAGCAAGGUGGUGUCGGACGCCGAGAAGAUCGUGGGAUACCCCACGUCCUUCAUGAGCCUGCGCUGCCUGCUGAGCGACGAGCUCAGCCACGUGGCCAUGCACGUGCGCCGCCUGGCGGGAACCAACCACCCCCUGCUGAACACGGCCAGGGGCUUCGUGCAGGACAGCCGGAACAACCUGCAGACGCGAGGCCUGGUGGUCCUGCUCAUGUCCAAGGCGGCUGGGCCCAGUGGCGCCUCCACAUGUUUCCCGCAGCAGGACAUGGUCAGUGGAAUCUACCCGAGCCAGCGCAGCCUCGCCGAGAUCACGGAGCUCAUCCACACAGCCUUCCUGGUGCAUCGCGGCAUCGUCGAUCUCAAGGACUGGAGCAGCUCCGAUGGGCCACUCAAGGACAUGCAGUUCGGGAACAAGAUGGCUGUGCUGAGCGGGGACUUCCUGCUGGCCAACGCCUGCACGGGCCUGGCACAGCUCAACAACACCAAGGUAGUGGAACUGAUCUCCAGUGCCAUCGGGGACCUGGUGCAGGGCAUCUACUGUGAGAGCUCCAGCGCCGCAGAGGAGAGCAGCGUAACCGAGGACACGACCAUGGAUUCCUGGGAGGAGCGGACGUUUCUUUCCCAUGGUGCUUUGCUGGCCAAGAGCUGCAAGGCGGCCAUGGAGCUGGCGAACCACAAUGCAGAGGCGCAGGGUCUCGCCUUCCUCUACGGCAAACACAUGUCCCUGGCUCACAAGAUCAACUCUGACCUGCAGCCGUUUGUGAAAGGAAGUGCCAGUGACCUCAUGACUUUUAGCCUGAACUGUGCCCCCGUGGUCUUCCACCGUCAGUUAGUGGGGUCUGAGAGAUGGGUCCACCAGCUGCAGCAGGCCAGGAGCACUGGAGAACACACAGACUACACACAGCUGUGGAAGGCCAUCAAAGCUGAUGAAGGCGUGAGCUCCACCGUGGAGCUUUGCCGUUACCAUGGAAACAAAGCCCUCAGCGCCAUCAAGUGGUUCCCGCCGUCCGACGCUCGAUCCGCUCUGGAGAACAUCGCCUCUGCCGUCACCAAGUUGUGACCCACUCCGAGCUCCAGCUUGUCCUCAUCCUUUCAACUGGUCCAACGCGGCGCAGAAUUUGCGGACCCGGUCACCUCGGCAGGGUCGCGGUUCGGAUGUCCUCGGGACUGGGAGGUCACUUGUCAGAUGGAGCCUCGUUGCCUAGAACAUGGGAAAAAAUGGAUCACAAGAAACGGGUAAAACUCCUGCAAUCGCGUGUUUGUAGAAACGCACGACGUGUGUGUGACACGUCGCCAAGAAAUAAAUGUGGUCAUCGUGUCACCCUGUGAAUGGAGGCUGUCGGUGUGUGCGGUGCGAUAGGGGGCCGGCGUGGGGGCGGAGGGCGAAAGGUCGCGCUGCCUUCUCCGGGUCCUGCCAGAAACACACUUGAAGCUGCGCCGGCAGAAAUAAUUAAUGAGCCCCACCGGCGUGACCCUCAGCAAAUGGACAGGAAGCGCGGCGGUAUCGAUCACGCGGUGCGUGCUCUGGCGCCAGCCUGGGGGGCCUGUGGUUUUCCCGGCGCUUGCUCCGGGGACACGGGGCGCGUGAGGCGACAGCGGUGGGGGAGUGUCACCAGCCUCCUGACACCUCGAGCCCGGGCCACGCGAGCCGCUAUACGGCCACCUGAAGGGCAACCUGGAGACGGGGUGACGGAGAGCCAGGGAGGAGGGAGGAGCGCGGGCGCCGAGACGGUUAAAAUGCUCAUGAGCUGCCCCCUCCCUCUUCCCUCCGUGCCGUGCUCCAGGUGCCGUGGGGCAGCUCCUGCGCUAAAUGGGCACGUGGCGCUUCCCUGCCGCUGGCUCUCGCUGAAAUAUUCAUGCUCGCGGGAGCGGGCGCGUGGAGGCGGUUAAAGGCCCGUCAAAAAAAAAAAAAAAAAAAAAAGGAGACACAAGACACUGCAGGGUUGCUGUGGAACCGCUGUGAAAUGGCAUGCCACACGCCAACCGAAGCGAGCGCCGCCACCACCAUGUUGCUCAGAAGCAGAGUUUCUCUCUCAUACCAGAGGAGUCGGCAGCGCGUUCGGUUCAUGCUGGAAAUUUGACCCCCGGAAUUUCAUCUGGAAAUGGAGCCGCGCAUAUUUCUGUUCCGCCUCCAGAGGGGUUUAUUUUGGGGUUUUGUUUGUUUCUGUGUUUUGACAGCGUCCAGGGGGUGCGGGGCCGAGAGACUCGUUGUUCGGGUGGGCCGGUGGGGGGUGGGCUGUGGGGCGACAGGUCCCGCCCCACCGACGGAGAGACUGCGGUGCGACGCGGCUCGGCAACCCGACACUGUCUCUGUUUGGUUCAUAGAGAUGAUUUUUGCGGUUUGCAUGAGUGGAACCCGAGCGCGCCGUUGACAAGGAGGCUGAGCUUACACAAAUGAUCAUGGGGGGGCAUCACCCCCCCCCCCCAUCACCGCCUCUCCGCGUGGUGUAAUUACAGCUGAACGCUGGAGACAGCCAACACAGCACCGCACGUCCCUCACAGUCUGGCCUUCGCAGCCAUGGGGGAGGUGUUUGCUGUCAGCCCCCCAGCAGUGCCUGCGGUGCGAGAACAGGUACAGGUACGCGGGGGGGGUCUGCCUCCAUCCGAACACCUCCUUAAACCAGCGGAAGUGACUCAUGUACCACUGGAUGACAGGACUCUUAAAUGUUUUUCCCACAUGUGUAAAUACACAAAUACCACGGUGCAGGCGUCCCGGUGCGGUGAGGUAUUUUUCUUUGAACCCCUUCAUCUCUUCCCACAUCAUCGCUUGCUGUUAAGAGCCGUCGAUCUUGACUUUUGUUGAUCAUCUAUAGAGUUCUCACAGAAUCUUCUGUCCCCCACCUGCGUCCCUAGUGCUGAAAGGGUCAUGUCCACAUCUGGAUGCUGCUCCACCUCUUCUUCUUCCAGCUUUUCCCAUCACCACCAUCUUUGAGAGAAUCCAACAUUCUCAUGGUGUCGCCAAAGUAUGAAAACCUCAGUCCCACCAUUGGUGCUUCCAGUGAGUUCUACUUUGAUUGGAUCCAACACCCAUCUGUUUAUUUUCCUGCCUGUCCGUGGGGUCCUUAGUCUCCCCCAGAACCACAAUCUAAAGGAGUCCAUGUUUCUCUUGUCCUGCUUCUUCAAAGUCAGGCUUUCAGAUCUGUGUAGAGAUGCAGGAAAGGACAUUACUUGAUCAUUUAUGGUCUUCGUUAUUGUCGCCAUGUUUGAGCAUCUUUUCCGGAUCUUUCCUUGCAGCCCUGUCAAGUGCUCCUCUCCGGUGUUUCUCUUCACUGUCGGAUCCCAUGUUGAUCGUUAUUCAUCCAAAGAGACAACAGAUGUCAACAGAUUCUGUCUUCACCCUCAGAACUCAAGUCUGCUGCUCUUUUUAGCAGGAUUUUAAGGUCUUCAUCCUCGGCUGUUACUGUGGUGUCGUCGGCAUUCCAAAUAUCUCUGCUCCAUCUUUGGUUCUGCUUCUCGCACGAACCCUUCGGUGACGAUAGGUCAAGAUACCUGCAGAAGUCACUGGCGGCCUGAGGGUUCGGGUUCAGCUUGGGGUCCCGCACACCCAGGAACACAGCGUGUGGCUAAUCGGUGCCCUCCGCCGGUCCGACAACACGGCAACGGCUUCAUUACGGCACACCGGUCACCUCCGUUCCAGAUCACCUCGCAGCGACUACCUGCGUGUCCCAGGGCGGUGCCGACAGCGCUCCGGCCCCGAGCCGCGCGCUCUUUCCCCCAAAUUAAAAAUGACUCUGCGGCCUUAAGUGCUCGUUAACGAGCGGUGUGCGAUGAGCGGUGCCUGAUGAUCGCGGCGCGCAGCGAGCCCCGCCCCCCACCCUUUGCGACCCCCAGCGCCGUACCUGCCGGUGUCUCACGCCUCAUUCGCCUGAUGGAUCUGACGGCUGCGGCGGGAGACAGCCCAUUAGCUGAGUAAUGACUGCCGUGUGCGGCGGCGGUCCAUGGCGAGCUGUGCCGGGCGCUCCCUUCAUUUGCGCGCCGCGUUAUUUUCUCGUGUGCCGCUAAUACAGACAUCAUUAGAGGGUGGUCGAGGCACCGCGGGUCAUACGACGGCGCCGGGGAGUGCGCUCUGGAGACCGAUUACCGCUCUUCAUCAGGAGAUCACAGGCCUUCCGCUGGGCCCACAGCGUCGCAUCUCAAUGAACACAAAGGGUAAUAAGUAUGUGUGCGGCAUGUGUGCGCCGUGCUGAUUUAGGCGUGUUGCGGCAGCCGCGUCGCCUCCGUGAGGGGCGGCGUCUCGCACCGCUGACCCCCCUCCCCAGCCGAAAAAAUGACGGGAAUGCCGAAGAGCAAAGGCUUCAGAUAUGGAAUAUCAUGGACGUGCGUAAAGCAUGUUCUCUUUGGCUCAGGUUGCGGCCCUUUCUCCAUUUAUUUCCCACAAAGCAACUCACGGUGUUUAUCUGCUCACACUGAUUUACACUUUGAUACAGUUGCGCCAUCUUUACUACAUCUGUUAGGGGUAAGUAACAUGAUUACUGAAUUUCCUCCCAGAGAUCAAUAAAAUAGUUAUCUAGUAACUGGCACUACAGUGGGAAAUGGGAUUCGAACCCAAGUCCUUCAAGUGCAAGGUAGCUGUAACCACUACGCCACUUGUUGCCCCCAAAGGAAAUACAUGUGUGUCGGCCUGGUCCAAUCGUGUCCCGCUGUCCCAGCUUUACGUAGCUUACCCCUGGUUUUUUAUGUUCAUGUACAAUAAAAAAAAAAAAUUAAAGAUAAAUAUGAUACUGCA